AUGGGAGGAUGUUGUUGCAGGUGGUUUUUGGUAACACUUGUUUUGAUCUCAACACUUGGAGCCAUUGGUUACGUUAUCCACAAGAAACUCAGUCCCAACUCCGGUGAAACCCACCGGAAUCCUGCCGGAGGUUACCUCCGCCCUGAGUACACCGACGCUCUCUCCGUCGCUCUCGAGUUCUUCGACGUUCAAAGAUCGGGGAAGCUGGUGAAGAACAGGAUCUCGUGGAGAGGCGAUUCGGGUUUGAGAGAUGGAAGAGAAGAAAAGGUAGACUUGUCGAAGGGAAUGUACGACGCCGGAGAUCAUAUAAAGUUCGGUUUUCCGAUGGCUUUCACGCCGGCCACGGAUUCUCUCCGGUGGAUCACUGAUUUUCUUCUCAAUGCUCAUGUUUCUCCUAAUGUUCUUUACAUCCAGGUUGGUGAUCCAGAGUUAGACCACAACUGUUGGGACAGACCCGAAACAAUGUCCGAAAUCCGACCGCUCACUCAGAUCAACCGAGAAAAACCAGGUUCGGAUGUCGCGGCCGAGACCUCAGCAGCAUUAGCCGCGGCUUCGAUCGUUUUCAAGCAUUCCGACCCAAAUUACUCGACGGAACUUCUAAUGCACGCAAAGGAUCUGUUCCAAUUCGCCGAUUCUUACAAGGGUUUGUACAGUUUGAGUGUCCCUGAGGUUCAGGAGUUUUAUAACUCAAGUGGGUUUGGUGACGAGCUUCUUUGGGCUGCUUCUUGGCUGUUUCAUGCCACCGGAGACGAGUUUUAUUACAGCUAUGUUGUUGAUAACGGAGAAACGUUUGCGGAUUUCGGAAAUCCGCGUUUCUUCAGUUGGAACGACAAGCUCCCCGGGGUACAGGUAUUACUUUCGCGAUUAAGCUUCUUUGGCUCGAAAAAUGAAUCUGAAAACGACGUGCUGCGAAAGUAUAAGCAAACCGCUGAAUCAGUUAUGUGCAUUCUUCUUCCGAGAUCUCCCACUGCCUCGCCGAGCAGGACACAGAGUAAAAUCAUAUCCUUUUUCCGGGUUUUUCCUUGUGGUCUGAUAUGGGUGAGCGAAUGGAACGCAUUGCAGGAGGCCGUGGCUUCCGCGUUUUUAGCCUCUCUUUACGCCGACUACAUCAUCUCUUCUCCUUCCGAUCAAACGCUACUCUGCGGGGGACAGUCAUUUGAUCCGUCCGAACUCAAAUCUUUCGCUAAAUCUCAGGUGGAUUACGUUUUGGGGCAAAAUCCGAUGAACAUGAGCUAUCUCGUGGGGUAUGGAGACAGCUACCCGAGACAAGUUCACCACAGGGGAGCUUCCAUCCCGGCAAAUGCCACGACCGGUUGUACGGACGGUUUCGUGUGGCUAAUGUCUGAAGAACCGAACCCGAACGUAGCGGUGGGAGCCCUUGUCGGCGGCCCAUUUCUUAACGAGACGUACGUGGACGAUCGGAACAACACGAUGCAAGCCGAACCGACUACUUACAACACCGCUGCUACUAAUGUUUUAGUAACAUCCUUUGCAUAG